UGGUCCAGAGAAAUUGAUCCGUCCCACCUUUGGCCUUUCUAUGAAGAUGUCAGUGGAACGCGAUCUAUCUGGGGCGACUUUCAGCUGUUCAUAUUGCAGCUUAUGGUGAAACACCCGGCCUUCACCGAUACAACAAAGAGGCUGCGUCCGCCCUACAAUUUUUCUACCAGGUUUCUGGAUCUGGUGCGACAAAACAAGUCAUACCUCGAACCCUGGGGCGUCAUCGAAACGGCUGAGCUCAAGCGCCUAGCGGAUAUCGUAGGGAGUUCCCAAAGGGUACGUAAGUACCAUCCAAAGACAACGUUCAGAUACUCUGCAGCUGCUCUGGCGCUUCAAUUCUUCAAUUUAUGUACAGAGAAGGUCUGUAAUUCGGUUCGUAAGAUCAUUCUCAUCGAGGACGAGAUGUCAGUAGGGCAAUCGAAUACUCACGGUCGCGGCUUCAUUUCACUCUGCCAGAAAAACAAAAACCUACACGUUGAACGCCGCGUGAACCUCUGGAAGACCGUAUUUACACCCCAUCCGUUCGAUCAAUAUGACUAUCUUAACGGCUGGUGCGAUCGGGAAAUUACCUCUAUGCAAAAUGACCGUCUCCAGGCCGCAACGGUCUCGCGGUCAAUCGGGAAGUGGAUGGCUGAGGCUUUGGCAUUGCCUUCACUCGGAAUGCCUGAAGGCUCAUUUACUCUUGUCUUGGAUGGAAACCCUGUACCCAAACACACCUCUAGGGUCUUCCGCAUAGUGCAGCGAGACGCUGCUUGGCAAGCUGCGCUUGACCUAUGUUAUUCUCGAGGCCUAGUUUCGAAACCUUCUUCGCUGCAACGUCAGCGCAUGAACUGCUUUAUUUUUGAAGGAUUUCCCGGUGUAAUGCAGACACUUUCCACUACUAGCUCUCUCAUCAGAUGUAACUUCGACCUUGGUGUACCUUACGAUGUCGAAGCUAUAAUUGAAAACUAC